AUGAGCUCCUCUACGGCUACCUUGCACCCUCCAAGGCUGGCACCCAUGUUCGUUGGUACACCCAGCGUACCGGGAACUCCAGUCCAUUCCAUACAAACAAUGAGACGAAAAGCUGCUGGACAUAGUGGACCUUUGACGAAGAUUCUAGUCGCUAAUAGAGGUGAAAUCGCUAUUCGGGUCUUCAGAACUGCUCAUGAAUUGGCAAUGCACACCGUCGCGAUCUUUUCGUAUGAGGAUCGUUUAUCUGCUCAUCGUCAAAAGUCUGAUGAAGCGUACCAAGUUGGCAAAGGUCUCACACCCGUCGGUGCAUAUCUCGCACAAGACGACAUCAUCAGGAUCGCUCUGGAGCAUGGAGUCGAUAUGAUCCAUCCUGGAUACGGAUUUCUAUCCGAAAACGCCCAAUUUGCUAGGAAGGUGGAGCAAGCCGGACUUGCUUUCAUCGGACCUACCCCCGAAGUAAUUGACGGACUUGGGGAUAAGACUAAAGCGCGUACUCUAGCAAUCAAAGUGGGCGUUCCAGUUGUGCCCGGUACCCCUGGACCCGUCGACUCUUACCUUGAUGGAGAGUCUUUCAUCAAGGAGUAUGGUUUCCCUGUCAUCAUCAAAGCAGCAAUGGGAGGUGGGGGUCGUGGUAUGCGAGUAGUUCGUGAACAGUCCGACUUCAAGACAUCUUUCGAACGGGCUGUUAGUGAAGCUAAAGCAGCCUUUGGCGACGGCACCGUUUUCAUCGAGCGCUUCCUGGAGCGACCGCGUCAUAUUGAGGUUCAGCUUCUCGCGGACGCACAGGGAAACACUAUCCAUUUGUUCGAACGUGAUUGCUCUGUUCAAAGGAGGCAUCAGAAAGUUGUCGAAGUUGCUCCGGCUACGCACCUACCCGAAGAGGUUAGACAGGCCAUUCUUGCAGAUGCUAUCAAGCUCGCGAAGAGUGUCGGAUAUAGAAACGCUGGGACGGCCGAAUUCCUUGUCGACCAAAUGGGCAGACACUACUUUAUCGAGAUCAACCCCCGUAUUCAAGUUGAGCAUACUAUCACCGAGGAAAUUACUGGCAUCGACAUCGUGGCUGCACAAAUUCAAAUUGCCGCUGGUGCAACUCUUCCCCAACUGGGCCUCACGCAGGACGCCAUCACUAAACGUGGAUUCGCUAUACAAUGUCGUAUCACUACCGAAGAUGCUGCUCAGAAUUUCCAACCAGAUACGGGGAAGAUCGAGGUGUACCGUAGUGCGGGUGGAAACGGAGUACGGCUUGACGCGUCUUCCGGUUUUGCUGGAGCUCAGAUUACCCCCCACUACGAUAGCUUGUUGGUAAAGUGCACUGUCAGUGGAACCACCUAUGAAGUUGCGCGUCGAAAAAUGCUUCGUGCUCUUGUCGAAUUUCGGAUCCGUGGUGUGAAGACAAACAUCCCUUUUUUGUUUCGUCUUUUGACCCAUGACGUUUUCAUCGGCGGCAAGACCUGGACUACGUUCAUUGAUGACACUUCCGACCUGUUUAAACUUGUUCAGAGUCAGAACCGUGCUCAGAAGCUUUUAUCCUACUUGGGAGAUCUUGCUGUCAAUGGAAGCUCUAUCAAAGGUCAACUGGGCGAGCCUGGUCUCAAAGAAGAGGUUAUCAUUCCGAAGUUCCAGAACCGCGAAGAUCCUAAUGGUCCUCCUCUCGACGCCACUUUCCCUUGCGAGGUUGGAUGGCGAAACAUCAUAGUCGAGAAAGGACCUGAAGCGUUUGCCAAAGCCGUCCGUGAAUAUCCCGGCACUCUUAUCAUGGACACUACCUGGCGUGAUGCGCACCAGUCUCUUCUUGCCACUCGACUAAGAACAAUUGAUAUGGUUAACAUUGCGAAAGAGACUAGUCAUGCAUUAGCCAAUGCUUACAGCUUGGAGUGUUGGGGUGGCGCCACGUUCGAUGUUGCGAUGAGGUUCCUGUAUGAAGAUCCUUGGGAACGACUGCGUACUCUCCGUAAACUUGUACCUAACAUUCCCUUCCAAGCCCUCGUUCGUGGUGCAAACGGUGUGGGAUAUACCAGCUAUCCUGACAAUGCCAUAUACGAUUUCUCCAAGAAGGCCGUUGAGAAUGGUCUUGACAUUUUCCGAGUUUUCGAUUCGCUUAACUACAUCGAGAAUAUGCGUCUGGGUAUCGAUGCUGCAAAAAAGGCUGGCGGUGUUUGCGAAGCCGUCGUCUGUUAUAGCGGAGACGUCGCGAGUCCCAAAGAGACGAAGUAUACCCUACAAUAUUACCUUGAUUUUGUUGAUCAAUUGGUUGCAGAGGGCAUUCAUGUCCUCGGUGUGAAGGAUAUGGCUGGAUUGUUGAAGCCUGAAGCGGCUAAACUGCUCAUUGGUUCUAUUCGCAAAAAGUAUCCCGAGCUUCCUAUUCAUGUUCAUUCUCACGAUACAGCUGGUAUCGCGACUGCCAGUAUGCUUGCCUGUGCAGCGGCAGGCGCAGAUGUUGUUGAUGUUGCCAUUGAUAGUAUGUCGGGUUUGACUUCUCAACCAUCAAUGGGGGCAGUCUGUGGGGCUUUGGAGCAGACGUCCCUUGGAACCGGUAUACGAUAUGAAGAUAUACAAGCUUUGAACCUAUACUGGAGUCAAGUUCGCGUUCUGUAUGGUUGCUUCGAAGCGAAUGUUCGUGCCUCGGAUUCCAGUGUUUUCGACCACGAAAUGCCUGGCGGUCAAUAUACCAACCUGAUGUUCCAAGCUUCUCAGCUGGGCCUAGGAACACAGUGGACUGUAAUCAAGCAGAAGUAUAUCGAAGCCAACGAGCUUUGUGGUAACAUCAUCAAGGUCACUCCUUCGUCUAAGGUUGUGGGUGAUUUUGCACAAUGGAUGACCUCGAACUCUUUCUCGAAAGACGAUGUUCUACAGCGUGCAGAAUCGCUCGACUUCCCUUCUUCUGUGGUCGAGUUCUUCCAAGGUUAUCUUGGACAGCCAGUAGGAGGUUUCCCAGAGCCUCUGCGUUCUCAUGUGAUAAGGAACAAACCGAGAAUCGACGGUCGACCGGGUGCAACAAUGGAACCGUUGGAUUUCAAGAAGAUCAAGGCGGAGUUGCGCACGAAAUUUGGCAAGCACAUCACGGAUUCGGACGUAACCUCCUAUGUGAUGUAUCCAAAGGUCUUCGAAGAAUAUCAGGGCUUCAUCGAGAAAUAUGGAGAUCUCAGCGUUGUUCCCACUCGUUAUUUUUUGGGUCGUCCCGAUGUCGGCGAAGAAAUGCAUAUAUCCAUCGAAAAGGGAAAAACCUUGAUCAUCCGUCUUAUGGCCGUUGGACCUGUAGUAGAAGGACGUGCACAGCGCGAUGUUUGGUUUGAAGUGAAUGGAGAAGUCCGAGCGGUGUCUGUUGAAGACAAAAACUCCGCAGUAGAAACUGUUUCGCGGGAGAAGGCCACUACGGAUCCCGGUUCCGUGGGCGCACCGAUGUCGGGUGUCGUUGUUGAAGUGCGGGUGAAGGAGGGCCAGGAAAUCAAAAAAGGAGAUCCUGUUUGUGUCAUGAGUGCUAUGAAGAUGGAGUCUGCAAUCACAGCCCCGGUUUCUGGUCACGUGAAGCGAGUGGUUGUCCAAGAAGGUGAUUCCAUCAAUCAAGGAGAUUUGACGGUCGAAAUUGUGCAUUAA